GAGUAUUUUCUUAUUUCUUUGAGACGCUAGUAUCAUAACAAACCAAAGCAUCAUGCAUGCAUUGCCUUCCACCUACCUAAUUAAUUUUCUCUAUUAAAAACAAGAAUCUUACCCGUAAACACAACUACAUCACACAAGGGCAGACUUUUCAGAUCAAAGGGGAAGUGUGUUUAAUUUCCUUUUUUCUUUUAAGCUACAUAGUUUCUGUUUAUUUAAGAAUUUCCUUUUAGAAUUUGUUGAACUAUAGUGAUUCUUGGGAGCAUGUUGGAUAAUGAAAACAUCAGUUAAACAUAGCUAUCAGCUGAAGUUAAUUUGUAUGGUAUCUUUUGCUUUUUGACUUUUAUGCUUUUAAUUUAGUAUGUCUUCUGUUGUCAUUCUUGUUUACUUUUGUUUUGUUCAGUUAAAAGGAGCAAUAUGAUCUAUAUAUUUCUCAUUCCUUGUUUCUUACUUUUUGUUUUGAGCUGUCAAUUUACUUGAAAAAGACUGUGACUUCAUUAGUAUAAAUGAUUUCAUGAGCAUUUGUAGGAAGAAGACAAACACUUUUCACUUUAGUAUUUUGUUUUGAUCUGCUGAUGAAACUUUAUUCUUUUGCCAAAAUCGUUUGGUCCUUUCGUCCUAUUAUAAUCUUUGUUGUUUUUUCUCCCAAAUAGGAAACAUGGAACUCAUGCAUCUUAUGGAGAGGCUUAGGCCAAUUGUGGGCUUAAACAACUGGGAUUACUGUGUUUUGUGGAAGUUGAGUGAAGAUCAAAGGUUUCUUGAAUGGAUUUGUUGCUGCUGUGGUGGAGCUGAGAAAAAUAUGCAUAGCUGUGAGCAAGAGAUAUUUUUCCCUGAUUCUUCUACUUCACCUUGUAGAGAUGUUAUGAUUCAGCAUCCAAGAACAACUUCUUGUGAUUUACUGGCUCAGGUUCCUUCUUCUCUGGCGCUAGACUGCGGAAUUUAUGCACAGGCCUUAUUAGCCAAUCAAGCAAAAUGGAUGAACUUUGUGCCUUUCUCAGAAUCAAAUUUGUCUAACGAAAUAAUGGGAACCAGAGCUUUGAUUCCAUCUCCUCUUGGAUUGCUUGAGUUGUUCAGUACCAAACAACUACUAGAAGAUGAGAACGUCAUAGAAUUUGUCUCAGCUCAAUGCAACAUCUACUUGGAGCAGCAAUCUAUGAUGAAUUCAGGCACUAUGAACUCAAAUUUCUCAAAUGGAGAUGACCAUAUUAAAGAUUCCCAAAAUCUUUACGGGCAGACAGUUUCCCCUGCAGAUACAUCAGAUCAAUUGUCAUAUGAUUUCCCACUUAAACGAAAAAACUUGGAUACUUCUUCGAUGAGCUUCCUUCCUCAUCAGUUCAGUACUUACAGCACACCAGAAGUCGAAAACAACACAGGGAAUAAUAUGUUGUUUGAUCAGAGCACAAGUGAUGUCACACAUUUCUCGAGUGAGAUGGAUGCUUAUCUACAGAAAAAAAUGAUGAGAAGUAGCACUCAAGGUGGAAUUGAUGAUGAAUCUGUCAAACAUGAUAAUGGAAGAUCCAAUUCGGGGUCUGAUAGUGAUCAAAAUGAGGAAGAAGAUGAUCCUAAGUAUAGAAGGAGAAAUGGAAAGGGUCCUCAAUCCAAGAACCUUGUGGCUGAAAGGAAAAGAAGGAAGAAACUUAAUGAAAGGCUCUAUGCUCUUAGAGCUUUGGUUCCCAAAAUUUCCAAGUUGGAUAGAGCUUCAAUCCUUGGAGAUGCUAUUGAAUAUGUAAUGGAAUUGGAAAAGCAAGUGAAAGAUCUGCAGCUUGAGCUUGAAGAACAUUCAGAUGAUGAGGGUGGAAGGAAUCAGGACCAGAUUCACCCAGAUGUUUUAAGCCAUAAUGGAACUAAAAACCGGUAUAAAUCAGAAAAUGGGAAACUUUCAAAUGGAAGCCAUAGAGAAUUAUCAACUAAUUCUAAUGGCAGCACUGAUCCUUCCAGAAAAAAUCAAGAGGUAGAAGAAAAUGACAAAUUGCAGCAAAUGGAGCCACAAGUGGAAGUUGCACAGUUAGAUGGGAAUGAGUUCUUUGUGAAGGUGUUUCGUGAGCACAAGGCUGGUGGAUUUGUGAGGGUCUUGGAGGCUUUGAACUCCUUGGGCUUGGAGAAAAGGGAUAACGAAAUGGUUCAAGCUGAUCAUGUGAGGGACUCGUUGCUAGAGCUGAUAAGAAACCCUAGUAGAGGUUGGUCUGAAAUGGCUAGAGCAUCAUCAGAUAAUAAUGCAAAUGGCAGUACAGAUUAUCUCCAUAAUCAUAAACAUCAGCAUCACCAUCAUGAUCAUCAACACUUUCACCGUCAUCACCAUCACUAACAUGUUUAAUUUUAAAUAGUACUUGUAAUAAUGCACUUCUCUGUUUUUACUUUAGUACUGAGUUUCAAUAGUUUGCAGAAUAAAAUACAUGUGUGUGAACUUGUUAAUCUCAUCGGUGCCCAUAGACGUAAUACAAUAUUGCUAUCAAGUUCAUAUUUAUAGAAGAA